CUGUUCAGUCGUUUUUUCGCGCUUUUAAACAGCACUGCAGUCGUUUUUCUGCUUUUUCUGUAAGUAACCGGAGUUGGGCUCCUUUUGAGUGACCAAAGUAGAAACCCCAUACAAUGACCACAACAACCGCGUCCGCGACCAACAGUAGUGGCGCACCAUCCGUUCCGUUUCGAAACGUCGAAAUCAAAGCAUCGAUCGCCAACCGGGAAGCAUUCGACCGGAAGGUCGCGAUCGCCGAACAGCUAACCGGCACCGCCGGGGAAAUCAUCAAACAGCACGACGUUUUCUUCAACGCCCAAAAGGGCCGGCUAAAGCUGCGCUAUCUCGAGAGCAAAAAAUCCGAGCUGAUUCAUUACUUUCGACCGGACAUCGGCGGUCCGAAGGUGUCCACUUUUCACAAAACUGACCUGGACGAGCCGCAGGUGAUGGAAAAGAUUCUGGCGGAAAGUAUCGGCCGCAAGGGUGAGGUCCGCAAGCGGCGUCAUUUGUUUUUGCACGAGCAGACGCGCAUUCAUCUGGAUGACGUCGAAGGGUUGGGAUAUUUCCUGGAGUUUGAAGUCUGCCUGACGCCGGCCCAAAGCGAGCAGGAUGGAACGCGGGUUGCUAACGAAAUGAUGAAACUGUUUGAAGUAGCCGACAGUGAUUUGAUCGAGGGUGCCUACAUGGAUAAGUUGUUGAAAUAA